AUGUUUUCGGUACUGUUUACCGAAAGUUACGGCGAAACCCCUCCUAGACCAGACAAUGAAAACGCCAGCGUGGUAGGAAAUCGCGCAGUUCGAAAAGAUCCGAACAUCAGCGUUGUGAAGCACAACGAGUUAGUGUACUCGCAGAUUCGCCGCUUUAUAUCUGUUGAUAACAAACACGGGUUUUGCUACGCCUGCCCAAUAUUCACGUACGGAGGGCAAGGCACGCUAAAGAGGGGCUGUAGACCCGAAGACCACUCCAUCGUCUACUAUGCUGGACUUCAGAUGCCCACGCCCCUUCCAGGAGAAAUCAGAAUCACGAAGCCUCCUAUUGGGGUUAUACCCACAGCGAACGAUACUUCACUCACACAAAUGGACGUUGCUUCGCGCCUCAACUUCGGAAAGGCUUACUUGAUAGAAUACAACGUGAAGGUGAAGGAUCACGGGAAAGUCCGCGCCGAAGACAUGGACACUCUGAUCUAUCACUAUAAGAAGGAGCUGAACGGGUAG